AUUUUACUUUUCUCUUUCUCUCUUCCUCUUUCAUGGACAGAGUGUGGUAUGGAAGGUUCAGCUGGUCGAAUCUACAAAGGAAGUAAAGUUCGAGCCCACAAAUAUCCAUGGUUAGCUCACAUUCGAUCGUACGUCAGCCGAAACGCUGGAUCAUUCGCUCAAUGUGGUGGUUCUUUGAUCGAUGAACAACACAUCGCCACCGCUGCUCACUGUGUUGUCGACGAUGAUGGUUCAACUUUCGAUGUCUCCAAUAUCGAUGUUUUCCUUGGAAAAGUCAAGGCUUUCUCUGAAUACUCUCAAGCCAGCUCAGUCUCAGAAAUCUGGGUUGAUCCUAACUACAGUCGAAAGGAUCUUUCCAACGAUUUCGCCAUCUUGACCCUCUCAAAGCCUGUUAAAUUCACUCAACAAAUUUCUCCAGUCUGUUUACCAAAGAGCGAAUCUGGUUUAUCCAAACUCACCGUCUCCGGAUGGGGAACCACUUCCGCUAACUCUGACUCAAGUGAUACUCUCUUAGAAGUCGAUGUUUCAUUCUUGACCCGAGACCAAUGUAACGACAUUAAGACCAACUACUUGUUUAAACAAAAUGGUUUACCUUUAUCAAUGAAGGGACGAGUUCGAAUCCCCGAAGUCGUUGAGACUCACAUGUGCGCCAUCAACCAACAAACCAUGGGAGACGCUUGUUCAGGUGACUCUGGUGGACCACUAAUGAAGAAGGCUUCUAAUGGUUUACACUACCUGAUGGGAGUCGUUUCUGGUUCAUGGACUGAGUGUGGUGAAAGUACCGAUACCGCUGGUCUUUACACUCGAACCCUUUACUACAAAGACAUCAUCAAGAGUAUGGCUCCAAACGCUUGCUGGAAAGACUAAGAAAUUAAAUCUAUUCUUGUUCAUGUUUCUAAUUAAAUUGCAGAAUAAAAAAGUUAAUCAUCUUGUAUGAUUAAAAAACAAAA